CUUUUUUCUCUUUAAUGAUUCCAAGAGAAUAUUGUGAAAAUGAGUUGUUGGCUGAAAUAUUUGGGUUUUUGCCUCAACGUUAUUUUGAUGAACUCUAUGAUUACAUGAAUGCCAUCAUGCAUAAUGUCAUUGAAGGUGUCAAUGAACGAUUAGAAGACAUGCACAAAGAUAAAGCAAUAGAAAUAUUUCAUAUCAUUAGAGCAUUUGAAAAUAAGCUAGAAAUUCGCCUAGACGACUGUUUUAAUACCUUACAACAAUAUGUGUACAGUUACGCCUGGAAGAUACCCAAUAACCUGAAUAUUGAACUAUUCAAUCAUACAAUUGACUUGAAUUUAUCAAAAGAUAAAGAACUUGAAUUGGAUGAAAAUAUAAAAAGUUUAAAAAGAAAGAUUCGUGCUGAGCAACUCUUCAAUAGCAGGUUAAAAAGGGAUUUGGCAUCGAUUGAAAGUCAGAAAAAGUCAAUAGAACCUUAUCAGCAAUUAGUAACGAUGCUAAGAGAAGCAAAAGAGGAACAUCAAGUAUUGAAUACGGAAGAUGCAGUAAAAAAGAUUAUAUAUCAACUAGAUGUAUUAAAACAGCUCAUGGAAGACGUAUACGCCAAAACUAAAAAUCAGCCAUCUCAUGUCGAACCAGAUGAAAAGAUAAAACGACUGAGAAAAAACAUCAAAGAGUUAAUUGAUGCUCAAUCAUGAGAAGUGUAGAUAAUAAUAAAGUGUAAAUAUUUAUAAAGUCUUAGGCUAAUACUUUAAUCACGCCAUCUCUAUCUCCACUAAUGAUCAUUGGGUAAGGUAACUCGGUAAGAAUGAUGUCUGUGAUGGCAUCUAUGUGGUUUCUGAGUAAAUACUGUUGUUGUGCUACGGAGUUCGUCAGUGCAUUCGUGCUUGCCGUAGUGUUGUUGUUACGAAUACUGUUUCCAUGGUGAUUGUUGGUUCUAUUGAACUC